CAGAGCGAACGAAAACAAGGCUCCUUAUCGCGCCGUAAUUAUCGCGCGCCGUCAAGUUUUCUCUGACAAUAAUAGAGAAAUAUCGCGGUAUUUACGCUGCAAAAUGUCUAGCGCGAAGAUCAUCGAAAAUCCAGAAAUACCGGGAUUAGAAUGUUUUCUGCCGCCGCCUCCACCGCCUCCGCCGCCUCCGCCUCCAGUUACAACGUCGAAAAGCAACAACUUGGCAAUUACGACGGAGCAACAACAACCUGUGACAACAGAAUCGACGACGACCGGUUUAUCGACUAACGAAACAGCGGGAAAUCUAACAACGAUUCAAGCAGCAACCACGUCGUUUCCAAGCCUGCCUGUGCCAACAGCGUAUAUCAUGCAUCCGGCGAUGCAACCACAAACACCUGGACAGCCAACUACACCCUGGUGGGUACCGACGGAUUCCGAUACAUCGGACCUGUAUGCACGGUGGUAUGACACGACCUACAAAGCGGCAGCUGCGGCAGUCGUAUCGCCGACGAUACAAGUUUGCAACAAGACCAAGAACAAGUAUUACAAACGCAAGAACGAGUUCAUCGAUCCCGCGGUAGACGCAGAGAAAGUUGCAAGCGCCCAGAGGGAACUGGCAGCACUAAUGAAACCGCUGAAAUGCGAUCUGUGCAAUGCAGUUAUGAACUCCGCGUUACAAGCAAAGUUACAUUACGAUGGAAAGCCGCAUCAGAAGAAGGUGUCUAUGUUUUUGAAUCAGAGUGUAAAGAAACAAAAGACCGAAGACGGCCAAGUCAGUAGUACGACCACCGACUGGCAAAACUAUUGUGAUAUUUGUAAGACGUGGUUCACGUCGCAAACGGAUGCGACGCAACACUACGCUGGUAAAAAACAUAUUAGAGCAGCGAACGGCGGACGUCGUGCGAGGCCGUCGAAGAAGUCGCAAAAUCAAAAUCAGUACAGUCAAAUAGAUCCCAGCGGCCGAUUCGGAAUGGCUUUUCAGACGGAAGUGCAAUCUACACCGGCACAGCCGGUAGUACCUGACGGUACCAAUGCGGUACCUGCACCAGCAACGGCCUCCAUCUACACACCGCCACCUUAUCCAACGCCGUUGCGUUGCGAUCUCUGCGGUGUUUCGGCAAAUCGACAGGACCAAUUAGAAACGCACAAACGCGGUGCCAGGCACUUGAGAAUGCUCAGAUUGAACGGAUUGCCCGUUCCCGAGCCUGCUGCCGAGAACGAGGCGACACCGGCUACUCCUGGACCUAUAGAUUAUUCCAUUUACCGAACACCAUCAGGCCAGUAUUAUUGUGCACCGUGCAAUCUGUCGUUGAACUCCGAGAGUACGUUUGCUCAGCACGUGGAGAGCAAAAAACAUAAAAAUCAGUCGAACCCAAAGUCUCCGUCUAAUGCCGUAGUGGUGUCGAAGAAAGCUAGAUUCAAGAAGAAAUAAGACCACGGGCGCAUCGUGCACGUGCACGGUCGGUGCACGCUACUUCCUUGUCUGUCCAUUGUUUUCACUGAAACUUUUCUCUCAUUUUUCGGUUACGCAGAUGUAUUGUGGUUGUAUCGCAAGCAACGUGCAGCGAUCUGUGCCUAAUAAUAAGAAAUAAAACUCUUGUUCGAUA